CGCUCUCGAAGAGAAAAAGAAAAAAAAGAAAUAUAAAAGAUUUUUAUAUAAUUUUUCAUAUGCAAUUAGCCUCUGGCAUUCAAUCAAAAUUUUGGACGAUUUAAUUCGAACGUUUAACUUACGAUUUUUUGGAAUAAAUAUCGAGUGCCAUUGGAGUUUUUGACUAGUCCUAACGUGAAUUUGUAGCAACUUUAUCCAAUUCAAUUCACCAAGAUGAUAGAAGUAGCGGUACUGCCAUGGGAGAAGAUCGACUGGAGCGAUGAACGCGUGCAGAAAAUCUAUCUCGAUUGGGGUGUAUUCAACACGCACAAGCAACAAUUGGAUAUUGCGGCGAAUUAUUAUGAUAAAUCAUUGGCAUUGAAGGCUGACGAUGCUCGGGCACUGCUUUAUCGCAGUCUUUGUAAGCGAGACAUUGCACAAACAGAGGGCGCUUUGGGGGACGCUUUGGCGGCGUUGGAGAUUGAACCUCAAAAUGCCGUUAUCAAUCAAGAAAUAUGUGAAGCGCUGCACGAGUUGAAUCAGUUUGAAAAUUGCAAAUUAGAACUUCAUAAUAAUUCACGAAAAUAUAUCGGCAGAAAGGCUUCGAGGUUUAUAAAUAAGCUCAUUGUUGUCGACGAAAACUUCAACGAUACAGUCGGCGAUACCCUAAGCCCCUUCAUACUAAAGAAUGAAAAGAUUUUCGCUGAUGUUUUGGCAUUUUUGGAGCGUGAGAAGUUCGUGGAUCCACGUCCACUAUGGAAAGUACUAAUCGAGCAGGAAAAAUGCGAUGUGCUCAGCAUACUCGAAAAAGCGGAAGUGCUGUUGUCGCCACGUGAGGUCGCCAGAAGGGAACGCGCUUUUAGGGUCUUCAAUCAAAUAUAUUACAACAAAAGUUGGAUUGAUGUAUUAUUUUUGAAGAGUCUGCGUGAAAAUCCCAAUCUGCUAUUGCCACAGAACAAAGUGUCGACGCCAUUUUUGCGUAAUCUCGUGAAUACCAAAUAUGAAGUGGUUAAGAAGUUCUUGAAAAUGUUACAAGCACGUAGUCCGGUCUAUACUGAGCAGGUGCGUAAGUGCCCCAAUAGAAAGAUUUGGGAAGCUCAUCGUCAGAAACAUUUGAAUCAUAUACAAUACCAAACGCGUCGUAAUAUGCUAACGAUCUUACGUACUAUACGGCAAUUACGCGCUGCGGGCAAAAUUAAACAACUCAGCAAAUACGUCGAGGAAGUAAUGGGCGAUUACGUGGUCUUGAAGACGCACCGCGUAAUGCCAUGGAAGUUUGAAUUCAUCAACGAAGUAUAUAAUACCUUGGCAUUGGCAUACGCCGAUAUUUACACCGCACCACCGGACAUGAAUAUUCAUUAUGAUGCACAGAAUCGUCUCAUACGACUCUUGAAAAUACCGAUCGAUAAAAAUAGGGAUCGCAGUAUGAAAUUCGUGUUCGGCGACAAGUCCACAUAUCAGGAGCCGGACGCCAUCGAUUAUCCACUGCUGGCCUACAAAAAGUAUUUGACACGUUUGGAGAAGCGCAUGCAUUUCGCCAAGUACUCGAUUGAGAAGUGCUAUUUGCUCUACCAAAUCGCAGACAGCCAUCUGUCGCAGAGUCGCUUUGAAGAGUGUUGCUCUGUGGCGCGGAAGGCCAUUGAGGAAACGAAGAAUUGCAACAGUUACUUGUGGCGCUUUUUGAGUGUGCUGCUCAUUUGCAAAUCUCAUGCGGUCUUGCAUAAAGUCGAACGUGGCAGAGAUGCACUGAACGAGGCUUACGAAUGCGCUACCUUGCUAAAGAGCGAAGAACUCUUACAUUUCAUAGAUGUGUGUAGUGUAUCAGUCGAAACGGAAAUAUCGCUGAAGAAGCGUGCGCAAUCCGUCGACUCGGUGCGCAGACGUAAGAGUCGUUCAUCGGUGGUCAGCAGUCAUUUGUCGCAAAUGUCCAGUGGUUCGGGAAACAUGAUUCUGGACGAUAAGAAGGACGCAGAUGAGGAUGAAGAUUUUGAAUUUGAAUAUUAGUUUUGUUGAGUUUGUGUGUAAACAAAAUUAUUUCCAUAUAAUGUAUUUUAUAAUAAUAUAUAUG